AUGACCGACCAAGACCAGAACUUAGACGGCGAGGUGGGGGAGAAAGAACAUCGAAUGUGGCGCAAACCGCUUCUUAUGGCUAAUGACUGUGGCAGAGAACCGCUUCUCAACCGAGCCCCGCUCGCAAAUUAUCAUUGGCCACUUCUCUUUUUUCCACACACAGAAGAGGCAGAAGAGGGAACCCUAGCGGCACACACUUUCUCGAAUUCGUCAAGUCAACUUGCACCAUCCACAACUGGCAAGAUGAAGUUGAACAUUUCCUACCCUGCCAAUGGCAGCCAGAAGCUCAUCGACAUUGAUGAUGAGCGCAAGCUCGCCGUCUUCAUGGAGAAGCGCAUGGGCGCCGAAGUUGCUGGCGACUCUGUCGGCGACGAGUUCAAGGGCUACAUCUUCCGCAUCACUGGAGGAAACGACAAGCAGGGUUUCCCUAUGAAGCAGGGUGUCAUGCAUCCCGGCCGUGUCCGCCUCCUGCUCUCCGAAGGCCACUCCUGCUACCGCCCUCGCCGCUCCGGCGAGCGCAAGAGAAAGUCGGUCCGCGGCUGCAUCGUCGGCAUGGACCUGUCCGUCCUGGCCCUCAGCAUCGUCAAGCAAGGCGACAACGACAUCCCCGGCCUGACCGACGUCGUCCACCCCAAGCGCCUGGGUCCCAAGCGUGCCACCAAGAUCCGCAAGUUCUUUGGCCUCACCAAGGAUGACGAUGUCCGCAAGUACGUCAUCCGCCGCGAGGUCCAGCCCAAGGGUGAGGGCAAGAAGCCUUACACCAAGGCCCCCAAGAUUCAGAGACUGGUCACCCCCCAGCGUCUCCAGCACAAGCGCCAUCGCGCUGCCCUCAAGCGCCGCCAGGCCGAGAAGGUCAAGGACGAGGCCAACGAGUACGCCCAGAUCCUUGCCAAGCGUGUCGCCGAGGCCAAGGCCCACAAGGCCGAUGCCCGUAAGCGCCGCGCCUCUUCUAUGCGCAAGUAA